AUGACUUCGCGGCUCAAAUUCCCGUUCAAGCGCAACAAGGACAGCAGCAGUUCUCUCCCGUCACAACAGUCGAGCCCGGCCGCUAGCAGCAACACCACGUUCGUUCCCCCGCCCUUAAGUAACGCCUCCGCCAGUCCCCCGCCGCCCUCGACCUCGUCCACCACCAGCCUCCCCAUGAACGGCCAGAAUCCCCAGGGACGUCCUCCCAGUUAUUCGCACGCCGGCCGUCCGACGAGUCCCAUGCCGCCGCCGCUCGCUCAUCAGCCGCAGCAGCAGCUCGCCCACCACCCACCUCCCAUCAACACCGCCGUCCAGCAGCAACCCGGCCAGUAUAGCCAGCAACUCGGUGUCGGAGGGCCUCCUCCUCCCGGCUAUGGCUAUCAACAACCCCCUGCACAGCAACAGCCCUUGCACCAGCAUGGCAUCCCAUCCAGCCUAGGCCCUGCCCAAGGCCUCCGCAAUCCAGCUGCCGAGGUGGACGGGACCAACCGCAACAAGGCACAACUGAUUGUGGGUAUUGAUUUUGGUACCACCUUCUCGGGCGUCGCCUUUGCAUUUGCGACCAACAACGAGGCGCGAGAAGAUAUCAUCACGGAGUGGCCUGGCGCUGGAACCCACACAAAGCAGAAGAUCCCUACCGUGCUCUACUACGAUGCGAACCAGAAUGUCGUCGGAUGGGGCCCCGAUAUUGCUGACGCGCUGGCGCAUACUGGCUAUCCUAAACCUGGCGUGCAAAAGGUAGAAUGGUUCAAGCUGCAGCUAAUGUUGUCUGGAAAUACCUAUAUUGAUCCAAUUAACUUACCGCCCCUGCCACCUGGCAAGUCUGAGAUCGACGUCGCUGCAGAUUACCUAUUCAAAGUGCGCCAAGCCAUGCGUGCCCAGCUGCAGAAAACUCUCGGAGAAGUCUUCAAUCGGGAAGAGCGCAACAUUCGUUAUUAUUUAACCGUGCCAGCUAUUUGGAACGAUGCUGCAAAGGCUGCCACUCGCGCCGCUGCCAUUCAGGCUGGAUUCUUACGCGAUGAAAAUGAUAAUCGGCUGACCUUGAUUACUGAGCCCGAGGCAGCUGCCAUGUUCUGUGCGAAGACCGGUCUGCUCAACCUCAAGGUCGGCGACGCCAUCCUGAUUGUCGAUUGUGGUGGUGGUACGGUUGAUUUAAUUGCCUACGAAGUCGAAGAAGAAAAUCCAUUCACCGUCGCCGAGUGCACAGCCGGAUCUGGUGACUCGUGCGGUUCAACGGCGUUGAAUCGUAACUUUAGCAAUAUUUUACGUGCCAAAAUUCGCAAGAUGAAACUGCCCGACGCAUCGCGAACUGCCGGAAGAGUGUAUGCCAAGUGUAUUAUGGAUUUCGAGAACCGAAUCAAAGCAGAUUUCCGCAACAACGGUCAGAAAUGGGCUGUAGAUGUUGGUAUUGAGGCCGAUUAUCCGGAAGCAGGCAUUGAGGAUGGCUAUAUGAGUUUCACGAACGAAGAGAUUCUGCAAUGCUUUGAACCCGUUGUCAACCGUAUUUUGGAGCUGGUGCGCAACCAGAUUAUUGCCAUCCAGGCACAAAACAGGCAACUACAGAAUGUCCUUGUCGUCGGUGGUUUUGGUGCGUCCGAGUAUCUGUUCCAACAAAUCAAAUUGCACGUUCCGCCACAGUUCCAGUCUAAGGUGGUUCGCCCUAUGGACUCAGUCGCUGCGAUCGUAAAGGGAGCUGUUACAGCUGGUAUUACAGAACGAGUGGUUACACACCGUAUCGCCCGUCGACACUACCUCAUGGCGACCCUGCAGCCAUUCAAAGAGGGUUAUCACCCAGAACAGUACCGUGUUCCUAGCUUAGACGGCAAGGACCGAUGUAAAUAUACUCGUCAGAUCUUUGUGCAAAAGGGAGAACGAGUCAAGAUUGGCGAACCUGUCAAGGUCAGCUUUUUCCGACAAGUCGCACCGGGAGCUACGUUGAUGUACGAGGAUAUCCUCUACGCAUGUGACGAGGAUGUCUGUCCUGAAUACGUCAAAGAUCCCCGCAUCAAAGAGGUGGUAACUCUCACAUCGGAUCUGUCACGCAAGAAUCUCGAGAAAGACUUUGAGCGCAUGGACACACCAAAUGGUACCUUUUAUCGCGUCUACUUUGACAUCUACCUGACCCUCGACGGAUCCGAAUUCAAUGCGGAACUAGUGUGCCAAGGCGAGGUUAUGGGCCGCUGCACUGCACGCUUCAAGUAG